AGAUUCGCUGAAUGUCUGAAUCCACUGAGGUAACAGGCUACACUCAGGCUGAGCAGCACUACUUCCUCUAGUAGGCGGCUACACCUACAGUCUGAGGUAAGCGAGUCCGAGAGGCUGUUCCUGGAUCUUGACAAGCACGACAACACAAGCUGCUACGUCGUCUCGACCACAGUCUUACUGGCCAACAACUGGCACACUCGCAAGGCUGGAGAACACAAUUCACUGUGGCUGACUGGACACUGAAGACAGCAAAGCAUAACGCCAAAACGAGCCAUUCCCCGAGCAACAUCAAUUAAUUCAGCGUUCACUUUGCAGUGCAGUCUAUUCAAGUGUGUGUCUGUGUGUGAAAAAUCUAGUCGGCAGGGAUUAAAUGCAAGACAUAAUGGGCACCAGGAGUGUGUUAUGAAUUGAUCCGCGUGUCCGAGACAGAAGUGUAGUUUUCAAGGAGCGAGGAAUGCAAUCUGAGCUCGCGUCUCAAUGUUUCACUGGGGCAAGUGGAAGAAGAGGAUGGGCGCGAAUAGCUCCUCAAAAAGACCCGUGUACGACGAGAAGGAGGAUGUAACCUUUGACCACUUCCAGAUAUUGCGAGCCAUCGGGAAGGGGAGUUUUGGCAAGGUUUGCAUUGUGCAAAAGAGAGACACGGAGAAGAUGUACGCCAUGAAGUACAUGAACAAGCAGCAGUGCAUAGAGAGAGAUGAGGUCCGAAACGUCUUUAGAGAGCUUGAGAUCCUUCAGGAAAUUGAACAUGUUUUUUUAGUAAAUCUCUGGUACUCGUUCCAGGACGAGGAGGACAUGUUCAUGGUGGUGGACCUGCUGCUGGGGGGGGACCUGCGCUACCACCUCCAGCAGAACGUGCAGUUCACCGAGGACGCCGUCAGACUCUACCUCUGCGAGAUGGCCCUGGCGCUAGACUACCUGCAGAGUCAGCACAUCAUUCACAGAGAUGUCAAGCCAGACAAUAUACUAUUGGAUGAACAAGGGCAUGCACACCUGACGGACUUCAACAUUGCCACCAUCAUAAAGGACGGGGAGAGAGCCACAGCCUUAGCCGGGACCAAGCCCUACAUGGCCCCUGAGAUCUUCCAGUCCUUUGUGAGCGGGGGGACGGGCUACGCCUUUGAAGUGGACUGGUGGUCGCUAGGCGUGACCGUCUUCGAAGUGUUACGCAGCUGGAGGCCCUACGACAUCCACGCCAGCAACUCGGUGGAGUCCCUGAUGCAGCUCUUCAGCACGGUCAGCGUGCAGUACAACCCCGCCUGGCCCAAGGACCUGGUGGCCCUCAUGAGGAAGCUGCUGACGGUGAACCCGGAGCACCGUUUCUCCAGCCUGUCUCUCAUGCAGACGUCCCCCUACCUCGCCCACGUCAACUGGGACGCCGUCUACGAGAAGAAGAUGGACGCCGGCUUCGUCCCUAAUAAAGGGCGUCUCCACUGCGACCCCACCUUCGAGCUGGAGGAGAUGAUACUUGAGUCGCGUCCGCUCCACAAGAAGAAGAAGAGGCUGGCCAAGAACCGUUCUCGUGACAACAGCAAGGACUCUCAGUCGGAGAAUGACUACUUACAGGAGUGCCUUGAGGUGGUGCAGCAAGAGUUCAUGAUCUUCAACCGGGAGAAGUUGAAAAGGCCUCAGGACGAGGGGCAGUCAGAGGCUGGGGAGGGGGAGGGGGCUGAGGAUGACCCCAGCGGAGACGGCGACCCGGAGGCGGAGCCUGAGGCGGUGGGUGGGGCCACUGACGAUGAUGACGACAACAACCCACCGGGCGCCGGCCCGCCCGAACCCGAGUCCUCCUCUUCCAAACGCAGCAUGUGUGGCUCUGUCUGCUCGUCACCCGGAAGCUGCUAGCGGAUGUCUCUCUCUCUCUCUCUCUCUCUCUCUCUCUCUCUCUCUCUCUCUCUCUCUCUCUCUCUCUCUCUCUCUCUCUCUCUCUCUCUCUGUUUCUCUUUCUCGCCCUGCCUAUUGCGCUGGUGUUGCUAUGCCUAUAGAUACUCUCACUCUCUUUUUCUCUCUCUCUCUUGCUCCUUUACACACUCACAUCCCCAGUGUGUGUCGCCCGGACAAGCAACAGAGGACCACAACAGAAGCCAAGAUGACACAAACCCACACCACCCCCCCCCCUCCCCUCCCCACUCUCCCAUGCCCGUAGCAUCUGAAGCCUCCCUAAAGUCUAGCUCCAACUUCUAUGCAAAAUAAGGUUAUAGCAUGACGAUAGAGCAUUGCUUACCCCCCCGGGGGGGGGUUUGGAGGAGGGGUGAAGGGGCGGGAAGUACGGGGGGUGCAAGAACUUCCUGCCUGACCUCUCACCAUCUUCACCCUCCUGACGGGAAGUGUUCAAUAAUUUAGCAGAACUUCAGAAAAGUCACUCGUAGAGACUGUUCUGUUUUCCUCUCUUUCUCUCUCGUUCUCUCUCUCGUUCUCUCUCUUUCUCUCUUGCUCUCUCUCUCGUUCUCUCCCUCCCCCUCUCUGCUUUCAGUGCACUUGCCGCCGCCUCCACACGCACAGACACACACACACAGACACACACACACUCGCACACAGUGAUCCUGAAACACAAAAGCGGCCGCUUUCUCAUCGCUCCUCCAUUUGAAUGUCCCCACCUCCUCCCCAUCCUCCCCCUGCCGCAUUUCAUCCCCCGACCUGAAAAGAAGCCCCUCCCUCCAGACUGCCACCGUGGAGCAGAGACCCCCCUGCGUCCUGUUUUCUCUCCGAUACUUUAAGCCCCGUCUACUAGCCCCACCUAAUUCCCCUCAUCGCUGUGACGUUUUGGCCAUCCUCUCCUUCUGUUGCACACCCCUCUCGGUGAAGCGAGAGCUACUUGAUAUUCUGCUGUGUGUAUCUAGGUCCUGUUAAUUAGCUCAUUGGUCCUCUAAUGUGUGUGUAACUCGAGUCCUAGAAUCGUAGGGUUCAUCAACCACCACACCUGCUGGAAACACGUUGGAUGCUUGGUUAACGUCUUAAGUAACAGUGGCCAACAUGUAGUUUGAUUAGAAUCUCGCUCAAAAUCCCCCUUUAUUCCCCCUUAAGUCUCUUGGGAACCGGACGCUACAUGAGGGAACGCCCGUACGCUCGCGGUUUUACCCGUGGAACCGAUCGGGCGUGGUGUGAGGAGGCGUCGGUGGGUGCAGGCUGUGCUGGGAGGUCCGUAGCAUAGCAGCCUACGCCCCGGCGCCGUAGUCGUGUGUUACCGUCGUCGUGUGUUACCGUAGUCGUGUGUUACCGUCGUCGUGUGUUACCGUUACCGUAGUGUGCGUGGCGGCGGCGCAGCCAUUAAGGACGACCGCCGUCCAUCUCUGCCAGGGACGCCUAGGAACAUGUAGCAAACCCACCUUAAAACCCUGACGCCUGACCAACAUGUCUAAAUAAAGAUAACAGUAAUAUAAAUGUCAAAAAGACGAAUCCAUUGUAAAUAGCAUAGAUUAUUAAAGAAAAAAAAAAAGGACCAAGUGACCACAGUUUUAUGUGGGCCCGGCGGUCACCUGACGCCCCGCCUCGUGGAAGGGAAGCAGGUGAAGGCGAUCCUUCACGCCACAGCCCUCCGCUCCUCUUUCCAAGUGUGCAGGCACAACUUGUAGGCGAAAUAUGCCAAAGCUUUUCUACCAUUUGCAUAACCAUUUCUAUAAGGAACUCUGUCUGAAUGUAGCCGUCUCCCUCUCCCUCCCUCUCUCUCUCUCUCUCUCUCUCUCUCUCUCUCUCUCCCUCUCCCCCUCCCUCUCUCUCUCUCUCUCUCUCUCUCUCUCUCUCUCUCUCUCUCUCUCUCUCUCUCUCUCUCUCUCUCUCUCUCUCUCUCUUUCUCUCUCCCCAGUGUGAUGUCUAAAGCCUAGAUAUUCCUUCUGCAAGAUAAACUACUGUAUUGUUUUUACAACCCUGUUGUGAAGCUGUAUGUGUUGAAAAGUACACGCAAGCACGCACGCGCGCACAACCACACACACACACACACACACACACACACACACACACACACACACACACACACACACACACACAUACAUACAUAUAACGUGUUUGAGAUGGAUAUACCAUCAGGACUCAAUGAUUAGAUUAUUAAGCCUCUUCUACAGGAUAUGAAAUUGAAUAUUUUAAUCCAUGCAAACAUGCCAUGAAAAGAUAAGUGCAUUAUUUACAUCCCGUGGUCUUUUUGCAUGUACUAAACCUGUAUUAGCCUGUUUUUAUCCCGAGCCUGGAUCUGACUCGUGUCUGGCUCACCUGUGCAUGCACAAGCUUUUGUUAAUUGCAAGCCUUGACGCUCGGUCCAAGAUUGACACAGGUGGCGCCCAAUCAGAGUAAAGAAGGAGUAUUACGUAAGCAUCUGUACCUGUACAACCGAUAGAGUUCCUGUGGCGUAUGGACGGCAUGAUAAGUGUAGAUUAUAUCCAGUGUCUUUUCGCAUCCGAAAGGUUUUCCUAAUGCCUUGUUCAAGAAUGCCGGCUUUUGCCCUCUCUGGAUGAUUUGAUUUGUUUAAGAAAAAUCGAAGCAUUUGACCUUUUCCGCAGGUUAACCUUUCCCCUUUAUCAGUUUAGGAGAUAUGGAACAUAGAGGGUUGGUUUAGCACCAGGGCAGUGUUUGUUGUCUCUAUUUAAUAUGCUGAAUGUUCAUCAGGCAGAAAUAAGUGGUGUCAUUUCAGAUAACUUUAAUAGGUGGUCGAGUCUCGCUUUAAAGACAGACCAUCAGAAUAAAUGACAGAACCUUUGUUACUAUUAAACAUUUGACUACAGAAAUAUGCUAUCUAAUAUAAAUAAUUAUUUUGAUAAGUGAUUUUUGUGUAGAUUGUCUACUGCAGUACUGUCAUCGGUGAUCAAUCCUAAUUCGGCAUUUCUUGCAAAUCCUUUCAAUGUUUUCUCUGUGUAUUCGUGUGUUGGACUUUGUCAUUGUGAGCAUAUUAACCUGAGCUGUUGGAAUAUAUUGUGUUAGUGUUCUGCCAAGAAAAAAAACAGCAUGGCUUCUAUUUGAAACAUUUGAAUCCAUUUGAACAACAUACAAACCAGUGCCAUGUUGAGAAAACCAACGUCAUGAAUGCCAUUCCUUCCCUGUGUGUUCCUGUUCGACAACAAGUAUUCUACACUGCAGAAACCAAAUGACCUGCAAGUCAGGGCCACCAACAACCAAGGCCUUGUACAGAACCCACUCAACCCCCUGUGUUUAAAAUAAAACAUGCUGCUUUUAAGUGCUUUGAUAAAGAAAUAAAAUUACUACCAACGGUGAAA